AUGAUAAAUGGGCCCUGGAUAUGCGGAGGCGAUUUCAACGAGGUCUUCACUGAAACAGAGAAGGUGGGGGGAGGCCGUAAGCAACAAUACUUGAUGAGGAAUUUUAGAGAAGCUGUGGAAGCCUGCAAUCUGUUUGAGGUAAGGGGUUUGGAGAAUGAUUUUACAUGGUGGGGGAACAGGGAAUCUGGAGUCGUUAGAGAAAAGCUUGAUAGGUUCUUAAUUAAUGACGACUGGUCCCUGCUCUACCCAGACCAUGUAGCUUUCAGUCUUGGUUUCUGGGGUUCAGACCAUGCUCCGAUCAUUACUUGUCACAAAGAGAAGAUUGGCAGAGACAGUGGGAAGGUGGAUUUGAAGAGGAGGUUCCCGUUUGAGGAAUCGUGGACCGCUAACUCUGUUCCGAAACAUAGUGGAUGA